UGGAGGAUACCUAAGGUAAGCGACAUGGGGUAAUACACAGAAUUGUGGCUAUGGCAGAAUUGGAUAGAACUCCCAUUUGAGGCUCUCUUUUCUCUUACCAUUUCUACAAGAUAACACUACUCUUCUUCACUCUCCAAAACCCCAUCUUCUUCUUCUUCUCUUAGGUUCCUCUCUCCCUUCCUCCAAUGGCGGCCAUUUCCUUAGCUUCCGUUUCCACUUCUUCCAAGCUUGUUUUCCCUCACCCUUCUUCUUCUCCUUCUCCUUCUCCUUCUUCUUCUUCUUCCCCUUCUUCUUCCCUUUUCUCCAAACCCUCUUCCAACCUUUCUUCCUCUUUCUUGAACUCUUCUUCAAUUCGUCCUUUCUCCUUCUCUUCCCCUUCUGUAAACCGUCCUCGUUCCUUAACAAUUCGUGCCGCUCGUGGGAAAUUCGAGAGGAAGAAACCCCAUGUCAAUAUUGGGACAAUUGGCCAUGUCGACCAUGGUAAAACGACUCUCACGGCUGCUUUAACCAUGGCUUUAAGCAAAGCCCCAAAGAAAUACGAUGAAAUUGACGCUGCCCCGGAAGAACGAGCUCGUGGUAUUACGAUUAAUACAGCUACUGUUGAGUACGAGACUGAGAGUCGACAUUAUGCUCAUGUUGAUUGUCCUGGACAUGCUGAUUAUGUCAAGAAUAUGAUUACUGGUGCUGCUCAAAUGGAUGGAGCGAUUUUGGUUGUUUCUGGUGCUGAUGGUCCAAUGCCACAGACGAAGGAGCAUAUUUUGUUGGCUAAGCAAGUCGGUGUUCCUAAUAUGGUGGUGUUUUUGAACAAGAAGGAUCAAGUCGAUGAUGAGGAGCUUUUGGAGCUUGUGGAGUUGGAGAUGCGUGAGUUGCUUUCUUCUUAUGAAUUCCCAGGUGAUGAUGUUCCAAUUAUUGCUGGUUCUGCUUUGUUAGCUUUGGAAGCUUUAAUGGCUAACAAUAAUAUUGCUAGAGGUGAAAAUGAAUGGGUGGAUAAAAUUUUUGAACUUAUGGAUGCUGUUGAUAGUUAUAUACCAAUACCUGAAAGACAAACAGAUCUUCCAUUUUUGCUUGCUGUUGAAGAUGUGUUCUCUAUUACUGGUCGUGGUACUGUCGCUACAGGGCGUGUUGAAAGAGGAACCGUUAGAGUGGGAGAGACAGUGGAUAUUGUGGGAUUGAGGGAAACUAGAAACACAACUGUAACAGGGGUGGAAAUGUUUCAAAAGAUUCUUGAUGAGGCUUUGGCUGGGGAUAAUGUUGGGUUGUUGCUUCGAGGUGUUCAGAAGGCUGAUAUCCAAAGAGGGAUGGUUUUAGCCAAGCCUGGCACUAUCACCCCACAUACCAAGUUUAGUGCAGUUGUGUAUGUGUUGAAGAAGGAAGAGGGUGGUAGACAUUCACCCUUUUUCGCUGGUUACAGACCACAAUUCUAUAUGAGGACGACUGAUGUCACUGGCAAGGUGUCUUCGAUUAUGAACGACAAGGACGAGGAGUCGAAAAUGGUUAUGCCAGGAGACCGAGUGAAAAUGGUUGUGGAACUGAUUAUGCCUGUGGCUUGUGAACAAGGAAUGCGGUUUGCUAUCAGAGAAGGUGGAAAGACUGUUGGUGCUGGUGUGAUUCAAUCAAUUAUCGAGUGAGUGAUAGGAAGACACAACUUAAUUGUGGAAACCAAUCGAAAUGUUCUUUACUCCUUUUUAAGUUAGGCUAAAUUUGAACCAACAUCAGUGAUUUCUUUUCUUCAUUUUGUGAAACUUUCUGGAUUCAAUGUCAUAUAUUUUUAGUUUUGUUC